AUGUCAGGUCCAGAAUGUUGCUCAAAUCCACCGGCACUGAAUCCGAGUGCAGGAUCUGGUCACGUUGACAAGAUCGGUGCUCUCGAUGCCUAUGUCGCCGGUUCUCCUAAUUCCAACUCCGCCGUUCUUCUCGUCUCCGAUAUUUUUGGAUAUGAAGCACCAAAUUUAAGGAAGCUUGCAGACAAAGUUGCAGCUGCGGGUUAUUACGUCGUUGUCCCGGACUUCCUUAAUGGGGAACCCUACAAUCCUGAGAACCUUAAUAGGCCCUUGCCUAUUUGGAUAAAAGAUCAUGGAACGGACAAGGGUUUUGAAGAUGCAAAACUCAUAAUCGAAGCCAUAAAAAGUAAAGGUGUUUCAUUUGUCGGGGCUGCCGGAUUUUGUUGGGGUGGUAAGGUUGCUACUGAACUUGCAAAAUUCAAACUUAUUCCAGCUGUUGUGCUAUUGCAUCCAUCAUUUGUCUCUGUGGAUGACAUAAAGGGUGUUGACAUUCCAAUUUCUAUACUUGGAGCUGAGAUUGACAGACUUUCUCCUCCUGAGCUUGUCAAACAGUUUGAAGAAAUCCUUACUGCCAAUUCUGUGACAAGUUUUGUGAAAAUAUUUCCCAAAGUUUCACAUGGUUGGACUGUGAGAUACAAACCGGAGGAUGCAGAAGAAGUGAAGGCUGCAGAGGAGGCACAUCAGGAUUUGCUGGACUGGUUUGCUAAACAUCUCAAGUGA